CAGCUUCCUUGGGUGGAGUACGCCCACAAUUCCCUCCCCAGCUCGGCUACGGGACUGUCGCCCUUCCACUGCGUCUUCGGGUACCAGCCACCCUUGUUCGCCCACCAGGAACGUGACACGGCGUGCCCGUCGACCCAGGCUUGUGUCCGCCGUUGUCGUCGUGCCUGGGCGAGGGCCCGGACCGCUCUGCUCCGCUCUGUUUCAGGCUACGCCCGCCAGGCGAACAAGCGCCGGUCGCCGGCUCCGGAGUACAGAGUGGGCCAGCGGGUGUGGCUCUCGACGCAGGAUGUGCCGCAGCGAACGGGAUCUCGCAAGCUGGUGCCGCGCUUUGUUGGACCGUUUCCCAUCCAGAAGGUGAUCAGCCCGUCCGCCGUCCGUCUCCUCCUUCCUGAGUCCAUAAAGGUACACCCCACGUUCCACGUGUCCCGUGUGCGGCCCUUCUUUGAGAGCGCAUUGGCGCCGGCGCCCCAGCUCGUCGAUGGGGGCCCGUCUUACGCCGUCCGCUCCCUGCUCCGAUCGCGGCGGCGCGGUCGUGGCUUCCAAUACCUGGUGGAUUGGGAGGGCUAUGACGACGCCCACCGCUCCUGGGUUCCGAGCCGCUGGAUCCUCGACCGUUCGCUCAUCACGGAGUUCCAUCGCUGUCACCCGGACCAACCGGGCCCCCGGCGCGGGCGGCCGAGGACAGUCGAGGGGCCCAGGGGUAAGGGCCCGGGACGGCCUUGUCCGCCGGUGCCGGAGUCUUCUGCCCCCGCGUCCGUCGAUCCUGCGUCCGGCGAGGAGUCGGACGUUUCGACGGAGUACUAACCCCCCCCCGCCUGGUCGUCCGGGGGGUUGCCUUCCUCUGCCUUCUGGUCUUUUUUGUGUUUUAGUGCUCUGGGGACGUCGGGAGCCGUCCCUUGUGGGGGGGGUUCUGUCACGUACCGGCGCCACCUGUGACAGGACCACGCCCCCCUAUCAGCGGAAUCGCCGCCACCUGCCACAGGCUCAUGGACAGGGCUAUAUCAACGCCGCCAGCGCAGACCCGAGUGUCCGUCUGUCCCGUGAUAUUGCUUCGCUCUCCGGUCCACGACAAACUGACGUCCUUGAAGAAUCGAAGAUACAGCAGAACAGCUUGUUUUUCCCAGCCUGAUCGCCGAUCCAGCUCCAGCUACGCCCGCAAUAAAGUCUCUAUCGC